CUCAAAAUACAAGCUUCUUUCUAAUCGGUCGUCGCCUUUGUCUAAUUUCUCAAAACACUCUUAACAAUGGCGGCUUCACCUUCUUCUUCUUCUUGUUUUACGGAUGAGAACGUGAUAAUCCUACACAGCUCCGAUAAAGUCAUCUUCGAAAUCGACGAAGACGUGGCGUUGCAAAUGAAAACAAUCCAUAUGUAUUUCGAAGAUCUGCCUCUCAACGGAAGAAAGUUUUCGGGACUGCUUGUCGCCGGAGAUAUUCUAGCGAAGGUAAUCGAGUACUGCAAAAAGCAUGUGAAAAACCCUGAUAAGGAUGGUAAGUCUGAUUAUAUUGAAGAACUGGAGAAUUGGGAUAAAAAAUUUGUGAAUAGAAUGGAUCAGAAUACUCUUUUUGGUGUAAUAAAUGCUGCAGAUUAUUUGUAUGUUCAGCCAUUAAUGGAUUUGACUUGCAAAACUGUGGCUCAUAGGAUUAAAGAUUUGAGUGUAGAGAAGAUUCGGGAGAUCUUCAACAUUAAGAAUGAUUUUACACCCGAAGAAGAAGCGAAACUUCGAAAAGAAAAUCAAUGGGCAUUCGACAACUGAUUUUCCUGAUUUCACAAUUAUGGCGUUUUCGUUCUUUUUCUGAAAUUGAAGAACAAAAUGACGUCGCAUUACGAUACUUCUUGAUUUCAUGAUUUUUGUUAAAAGAGUAGCGUACGUACGUAAAUAGAAUAAGUAAUGUGAAAUUGUGUGCUGCUUUUAUUUUUUCUUUCUAGUCAUCCAAAUAACUCUAAUCAAUCUAUG